ACGUCAUUUCUGUGUGUCUCUUGCAGGUUGCUCAGAAGAUGGGCUUCCCACCGGCUCUGGUGAACGAGGCAGCAGAGAACAUGAUCAAACUGUACAACGUGUUCAUCAAGUACGACGCGUCCAUGGUGGAGAUCAACCCCAUGGUGGAGGACUCCUCUGGCAUCGUGAUGUGCAUGGAUGCCAAGAUCAACUUUGACUCCAACGCAGUGUACCGCCAGAAGAAGGUGUUCGACAUGCAGGACUGGACUCAGGAGGACCCCCGGGACCGGCAGGCCGCCAAGGCAGACCUCAACUACAUCGGCCUGGACGGAACCAUCGGCUGUCUGGGUCAGUGCUCACCAAAUGUCACGAACACUACAGAAGUUUUAGAGACGAUGAGUUUGAAUAAUUAUGCUCGCUUUGAGAACAAACAAACGUGA